ACACACACACACACACACACACACACAAAUAUUAUAUAUAGUAUAUAUGUGCAGUAUAUAUUUUUUCUUUUCAAGAAAAUAACUCUGGAGAGAAUAUUUUUGUAACUUAGGAUAAGUUUGAGAAAUAUGCAUAUGUAUAAUAAUGCAGAAUUGUUAUGUUAUUGACAAAAAAAUGAGGCAGAGAUAGAGUCUAGUUAACUGAAUGAAAACUAUGGCGAAUAUAAAGGGAAGUGGAUUUGUACAAUGCAUUUAUGAUGAAGGGGUAAAAGCUUGAAGUAUUGGUUGAAGUUUGAAGAUCAAGAUUCAAGUCAUCCAGCAGGACAUAGUCAGCCUUUCACUGCUUUGAGAAAACAUCACCUGCUUGUCUGCUGCAGCCAGUGACUGCUUGGUGUAUGAGGAAUGCUUUUCCACAUAGUGAGAACAAAAGGGACAGGCUUUGUGGGCAGGUGUUGCUGCUCCAGCCCAGGGAGGAGUGUGUUGGCUGCACAUCCUCUGUCAGCUCCUGCUAAGUGGAUCCAUGUGGCAGGGAGACAAAACCAGCAGAAAGGAAAUGCAAUGAAUGUUUUUGAUCGUCACACUAAACUGCUUCAAAGGGAGAGAGCUGCCAAGAAUCCUGAUGCUCCUAUAUAUGAUUAUCUCAAGGAAGAGGUUGGUUACCGAUUAGCUGACAGAGUCCUUGACAUCAAGAAAGAGUUGAAAGUUGGACUGGAUUUAGGCUGUGGGCGAGGAUAUGUAGCCAAGAACAUUACUGAUGUUGAGUUGAAGCAUCUCUACAUGAGUGAUUUGUCUCCAUCCAUGUUGGAGACUGCACAGACUCCAGAAAAUAUUGAAUCAACCAAAAUAGUUAUUGAUGAAGAGAAGCCAUUUCCACUAGAGUCCAAAUCUCUUGAUCUUGUUAUUUCAAAUCUCAACCUUCACUGGGUUAACAACCUACCAGGUUGUCUGCGUGAGAUAAACAGAGUUUUGAAGGAGGACGGUGUUUUCUUGGCAUCAAUGUUUGGGGGCGAUACUCUCUUUGAGCUAAGGUCAUCCCUUGUCUUAGCGGAAUUGGAGAGAGAAGGGGGAUUUGCAGCACACGUGUCGCCUUUCACCGAGAUACGUGACAUAGGUGGUCUCCUAAGCCAGUGUGGAUUCACCAUGCUGACAAUUGAUGUUGAUGAGAUAACAGUGGGCUUCCCUUCCUUGUUUGAACUGAUGUGGGACCUCCAGGGGAUGGCGGAAAACAAUGCAGGUAUAAAUCGCAAGACACACCUUCAUCGUGAUACCAUGUUAGCUGCUAGUGCCAUAUACCAAGAGAUGUAUGGAAAGGGAGAGGGAGUUCCAGCAACCUUCCAGAUAAUUUAUAUGAUUGGAUGGAAACCUGAUCCCAAACAAAAAGUAGUCCCAGCAGAACGAGGCAGUGGGCAAGUUUCCCUGAAGGAUCUCCACAGACUUGACGAAAUGGUGCGUGAUGCAGGCAUGGAAGGCAGGAUUAAGUUCAUGAAGGAUAUGAUGGAUGAGGAUGACAAGAAUAAAAAGGAAUAAAAGACCAGGCUAUUUUAGUCAGUUACAGAUUGUCAUUAGUUGAGAUUGAUCACUUAUAACAUUUCUGCAUAAUUUCAUUAUAUAAAGUUUUUAUAAUGAAAUUGAUAUUGAUAUUAUAUAAAAGUAUCAGUAUGAUCUUUCACUCAUGCUUACUUUCUAAUCAAUCCUCAGUUAUUAUAUUGGUAGUAGAAAGAGAUGUACAAGAUAUUACCUACUGAAUGAAUGAGGCAUGGAUUCAUAUACAAGAAAGGGGUACCAUCUAAUUCAAUCUAAGGUUUAUAAAUGCAUACCCAGCACUUGCAUUUUCUUAUGAUUAUGGUAAUGUACUGAUGAAUUUAUCAGUGACUCAAUUCAGGAAUCUAUCAUAAUUAUGCAUACAAUUGUUUGUUUAUUAUUAUUAUUAUUAUCAUUAUUAUUAUUAUUAUUAUUAUUAUUAUUAUCAAAGAAUAUCUUGUCACAUUUUUCUCACUUAGAAUAUUUGAUUUAGACCAGUUCUGAAUGGAAGUCACAAACAUCAUAUGUUUUACUAUUAGAUUUUUUCAAUCUAUAUACCAGACUUGCAUCCUUAUGAGUUGUGUAACUGAGAAAAAACCCAUAUACUUAAACACACACACACAUACGCACAGUACGUUAUAUUUUUCAUUUGCUAAAUUACGAUAUUUCAUAUUCCAUUAUCUUUUGAGAAGGAUGAUUAUGUAGUACCUUUGAAUCAGUAAUGUCAUAUGAUGAGUUCAUUGUCAAUUGACUAGACAUUUUAUUUGGUAAAAGAGCAUCAAAGUGCAUUUCACAUGAUUACCACUAAUAUAAUCAAGUUGCAGUGCAGCCACUCAAUAUUUCUUGUUUAUUUCUAAUGAUACAAGGCUAACAGUGGAUGGCUUGGAUGUCGUAUUACUAUACUACCUUCAUUUGCACAACAUUAAGGGCAGUUUCCAAGACUCAGUUUAAUUAUUGUUAAGCAAUGAGCUGUUUGUAAAUAAGAAAAAUAACCACCAGCAUAAUGAGGCAUUAAUUAAUGUUAAGAUCAUUUAUUUGUGGCUUUCAGUAAUUGUAUAUUUUUUUUGUACAUACUAGUUUUGUAAUAAAGACCAUUGUUAU